CGUCACGUUACGUCGCAGGGUGGACUAACGGGGGCGCGGGCGCUCUCAGAGAGGAUUCUGGGACGGCACACCUGCACAGGUGGACACAGUAUCCUGCAGCCCACCGUUAGCAUAACGUUUCCGGAUAAGGAAUGUGUUAUACGUGAUUCAAUGCAGAGCAACCAGAGACUGCUUUUAACACACUUCCUUACGUAACGUUGUCUUUGCUGACAGGAAACCACAGUCAACAGUCUGACUACAAAUAACUGUUCUCAAAAAAGAGAAGCUCACAAGUCACUGAUCUAGAGACUCAGAGACUAAAGCAAAAACUAAAGAUAGAACCAGAGAGCAUCUGCACAGGAGGCAAACAGAACAACCCCAGCAGAUGGAGCAGUGUCGAAGCAAGGUGUUGAGCUGCUGGCUGAUCUUCACACUCUGUCUUAACGGGGUUCUUGCCGGCGAUUGGUUGAUUCAUCUCCCAAACAGUCCCGUCUGUGCCGUGACUGGUUCCUCAGUGGUUCUGUCUUGUUGGUACGAUUACCCCCAAAGCAGUGAAACUGGUGGAGAAGGGCAGAUUUCUGUUCAGGGAGGUGGAGGUGAAGCACAGCAAUACGAUGUGUUGUCUGAAAUGUGGUGUCUGGAAGAGAGUCGCUGUAUCACACCAAGGUAUGUGUUCCACAGCGACGGUAUCUCCCCAGAUCCGUCCUACCAGAACCGGGUCCAGUACCUGGGAAUGCCCGGAACAAAAAACUGUUCCCUGAGGAUUACUGAUCUGAAGCAGUCAGACAGUGGAACCUACGUGUUUUAUUUCAUCACCAGCCAUCCGACGCAGAAGAUGCCACAGCAGAGAGGCGUCCAGCUUCUGGUGGCAGAUUCCCCCAGUGCGGUGACUGUAUUAUCCAAUCCGUCCAGUGAGGUCACCGACGGUGUGACCUUGUGUCUUGCCUGCUGCAGCCCUGCAGCCAGUUCCAAAGCCCUUUAUAGAUGGUACAAGAGUACAAACACCACACCACAAUACGCAGAGCCAGUGUGGAACAUCACUGAAGUUACAUCCAUGGACUCUGGUGGCUACUUCUGUCAAAUACAGACUGGAGAUGAAGUGCGAAACUCAGCAGUGCUGACCAUUAAUGUACAGUACCCUCCCAAAGAUACAGCUAUCUCUUUGUCUCCUCCUGGUGAGUUCCAGCCCAGGCUCCCUGUGACUCUGGCCUGCAGCAGUGAUGCCAACCCACCUGUCCACACAUACACCUGGUACCAAGGGCAAGCGUGCCUGCCCUAUGCUGACAAAAGCUCAUAUCGAGCAAGAAUGUCCUCGGCCACAAUGACAGGAAGCAACCUGACACUCAGCCGCACCAACAUCAGCGUUAUGGAAUAUGGCCAGCACUGCUGUGUGGCACGCAACAAACAUGGAUCACAGACCUAUUCUGUAACACUCAAAGCUACCAAAGAGACACCUUCAUCUGACUCUACGGGACACAAAGCACUGUAUAGCGGCGUAACUAUCAGCAUUCUCCUGGUUAUUGUAGCUAUAGUUGCCUUUCUCCUGAUCAGGAGGCAGAAGACGUCAUCACAGCAGUCAUACGUCCUCACUCAGACCACUGCUAAAGAGCCUUGAAGACCCAGCAGGACCUUCACUUGUUCCAUUGUAAUUAACACAACACUCAACUAUGAAACAUAAGAGACAGCAAACCUGUCCUGUCCAGUAAACAAAACAGACAAAUUGCAUAUUUUAGCCUGUUUUAAAAAAGCAUAUUAUUGACUUUAAGAACACAUGGUGGCCAUAAAUCUCCUUCCAUGUGUCAUGAACCAGGAUUGUUCCUGUAUUGGUUUUGAAUUGCCAUGUUCAUUUCCUGUUUUAUUUUGGUAGUGUUUCCGGUUUCCGUCCUGUCAUGCCUUUUGCCUGCUUUGCUUUUUGUCACGUGGUCUCCCAGCUGUGAUUAAUUUCUCAUCAGGUCAUUGUACUGUAUACUGUAUAGCUACAAGCACAUUCCGUUGUUCUCUGCCAGAUAGUUUGUUCAAGCACCUGGUUUGUCAGCCUCCCACUUGAGCUGUCAGAUACCAAAUGUCUUAAAAAAUAAUGUAUUUAAAUAUUUAUUCUAUUUGUUAAUGUUGACUGAAACUCUUUCUUGUAUUUUAGCAGAACUGUCUUAUACUCCCUUCCUACUGAUGAUGAACUUAAAGACACAAUGAUCCAAUUAAAAGCAGUUCUGUCAUA